AUGUUUCGACUGGUCCUGGCGGCUGUGCUUUGGACUUGUGUUUGCUUGAUCCUGGCAACAAUUUAUUUGUGCUUCUACCUAAGACCCGCGUCAGGCUAUGAGGCAGCCACAGGCACUCCGCUAACCGAAACGAGGCUACCGGUAAUUAGCAUCUCGGUCGAAAAAUUAGUGUGUGAGAUCGAUGAAAGCAGCCAAGAUGGCAUGCAGUUAGCAACGCCGGAGAUUCCGUCAAUCAUCGCUCAAGUCGUGGACAAAAUCACUUUGGUCAUGAUAGCCGUCGUCACCAGCGAUGCCGAGGAGGCGAAGAUUCGCGACUGGUUCUGUGGAAACGCGCACCUUGAUACAUACAUACCAGUACAUAGGUUGGUGUUCUGUGAGUCCGCUACUUCACGGGUUUCGAUCGUCCGUCAACUCAACCCGAACGUGCACCUGGAAUGUGACCAAACUUGCUUGGCACAGAUGUCUAAGAUAGCUAGUAUCAACGCCAUUGCUGUUGCCACAGCACCUGAGGCUUGGGAGCUGGUUAAAGCGUUGGCCACUGAGAACAAAACAUCAGCCGCAUAG